CCUGGCAGGCGACAGUGAUGGCGGCGGCGGGAACCGGACCCGGCCCAGGAUCGGGUACCGGGCCGGGCCCAGGCGCAGCGGCAAAUGCAAACACAACAGAAGAGGGAGAAACGAAGCCAGUGGCAGCGGCGGCAACCGCUCCGGCUGGAGAGGGACCCUCGGCGGCGCCCGCGACGGAGCCCAGCUCGGGAGAGGCGGAGAGCGGGGAUGCAAACUCGGUUGAUGUAAGUGGUGGUGUGGAGACAGAAUCUUCUAAUGGAAAAGAUACACUAGAAGGUGCUGGGGAUACUUCAGAGGCGAUGGAUACUCAGGCUGGCUCCGUUGAUGAAGAGAAUGGCCGACAGUUGGGAGAGGUAGAAUUGCAGUGUGGGAUAUGUACAAAAUGGUUCACAGCUGACACCUUUGGCAUUGAUACCUCAUCCUGUCUGCCUUUCAUGACCAACUACAGUUUCCAUUGCAAUGUAUGCCAUCACAGUGGGAAUACCUAUUUCCUCCGGAAGCAAGCAAAUUUAAAGGAAAUGUGCCUUAGUGCUUUAGCCAAUCUAACAUGGCAGUCCCGAACACAGGAUGAACAUCCAAAAACUAUGUUCUCCAAAGAUAAGGAUAUUAUACCAUUUAUUGAUAAGUAUUGGGAGUGCAUGACAACCAGACAGAGACCUGGGAAAAUGACUUGGCCAAAUAACAUCGUCAAAACAAUGAGUAAAGAAAGAGAUGUUUUCUUGGUAAAGGAACAUCCUGAUCCAGGGAGUAAAGAUCCAGAAGAAGACUACCCCAAAUUUGGACUUUUGGAUCAGGAUCUAAGUAACAUAGGUCCUGCGUAUGACAACCAAAAACAAAGCAGUACUGUCACUACCAGUGGGAAUCUAAAUGGUGGAGCCACUUUUGGAGGGGGAAUUGCAGCAGGAAGCAGUGGAAAAGGAAGAGGAGCUAAGCGCAAACAGCAGGAUGGAGGGACCACAGGGACCACCAAGAAGGCCCGGAGUGACCCUUUGUUUUCUGCUCAGCGUCUUCCCCCUCAUGGAUACCCCUUGGAACACCCAUUCAAUAAAGAUGGCUAUCGGUAUAUUCUAGCUGAACCUGAUCCCCAUGCUCCUGAUCCUGAGAAGCUUGAGCUUGAUUGCUGGGCAGGAAAACCUAUUCCUGGAGAUCUCUACAGAGCUUGCUUGUAUGAACGAGUUUUGUUAGCUCUACAUGAUCGAGCUCCCCAGUUAAAGAUCUCUGAUGAUCGGCUGACUGUGGUUGGAGAGAAAGGUUACUCCAUGGUGCGGGCCUCUCACGGGGUUCGGAAAGGUGCCUGGUACUUUGAAAUUACUGUGGAUGAGAUGCCGCCAGACACUGCUGCCAGACUGGGUUGGUCCCAGCCCUUAGGUAACCUUCAAGCUCCCUUAGGUUAUGAUAAAUUUAGCUAUUCCUGGCGGAGCAAAAAGGGCACCAAGUUCCACCAGUCUAUUGGCAAACACUACUCUUCUGGUUAUGGGCAGGGAGACGUCCUGGGAUUUUAUAUCAAUCUUCCUGAAGACACAGAGACAGCCAAGUCGCUGCCAGAUACUUACAAAGAUAAGGCUUUGAUAAAGUUCAAGAGUUAUUUGUAUUUUGAGGAAAAAGACUUUGUGGAUAAGGCAGAGAAAAGCCUAAAGCAGACUCCUCACAGCGAGAUAAUAUUUUAUAAAAAUGGUGUGAACCAAGGUGUUGCUUACAAAGAUAUUUUUGAAGGCGUUUACUUUCCAGCCAUCUCACUGUAUAAGAGCUGCACGGUUUCCAUUAACUUUGGCCCCUGCUUCAAGUAUCCUCCAAAGGACCUCUCUUACCACCCUAUGAGUGACAUGGGCUGGGGCGCUGUGGUAGAACACACGCUGGCUGAUGUCUUAUAUCAUGUAGAGACAGAAGUGGAUGGGAGGCGCAGCCCCCCCUGGGAACCUUGACUCAUCCCUCUUGGUAUCCACAUGGACUGAGAAGCAAGACAGGUUUUUGUUUUUCAAUUGAAAACUCUUCUCCCAAAGAUACUGAAAAAGCUGCCUACUUUCAGCAGGUUAAAAAAUAGGACUGAGGGAGACCCCCUGCCCUUCAGCAAUUCCCUCCCCAAUUCCAAUGAUGGCUCUUACUUUGUGUGCCAUUAAACCAUCAGCUGCUGACCCCUAGGGUCCCAUGAACUCCCUGUGAAACUGGUGCUGUACCACAUCCCUGUCAGGUGGGACUUGUUACCCUGAUGUGUUUUCUAAGGAGUGAAUUGUCUUGUCCAAACAGCUAACUAACUAAAAGAUAUUUCCUUGUGUGGCCAUUGACUCCAUCCCACCUGAUUGCCAUGUAGGUGGUGAGCCUAUUUCUGAGAAUAGCUGAAAUCAGUGGCUGUGCAUUCCAAAUCCAUCAAUUAAAAGCUGUUUCUUUUUGGUGAAGGGUUUGGGAAUCUCUGAAACUACGAGUCUUUAGAACUAUAAUUUUGAAAAGAUUUUGCCUGCAACUUUAACAACUAGAAUUCUUCCCAAAUAAAACUUGUUUUCAAGUUUA